AUGCUCGCAUCAACCUCAACAGCUUUCCCUCAAUCAUCAUCAUUCGAUGGUAACAAUAAUGAGGAAAAUUCAAAGCAAUCUUUUCGGAAGUUGAGAAUUGAGGCACCACCAAUAGUACAAUAUGAAUUUGAUAGAAGAGGAGGAGGAAGUACAUCAAAACAACUUCCUCCACUAUUAGCAAAUCAACCAAGAACCAUUUCCAAUGGUGAUAUUCUCUCCACUCCAACUAACAGGAGGUUAUCUCCCGUGCUUAAGAGAUCGAUGAGUGCAUCACCAUCAACAGAAAUGGGACUUGAAUCACCGGUCCUUCUAAUUUCUAAACCUUUUGAAAGUGAAAAUGAUGGCUUUGAGCCGGGAGAGGCAUCAGAAGCUGAAUUGUUGGAAAGAGUAGGACCUGAGAUUAGGUCCCCAACACCUCCAAGGCUAAAGAGAGGGUAUUCAAAUAGAUCUCUCAAAGAAAUACCUACAGAAUUACUCCCAACCAUUGUCUCAGUAUCAUCACCAACAUCAUCUAAUCUUUCACCCUCUCCACUAUUAGAGGAAGUCAGAAGACAACAAGGUGACCUUUCCAUUCCUAUUUCUCCUUCUUCAAACUCAUCACUUCCUCCAACACCACCAUCAAUUAAAGGAAGACUCUCGAAACAACCUUCAUUUACAGAUCCUAAUGCUAGAAGAAUGAAAAGUUCGGGAAGUUCAACUGGUACCUUUCUUACGGAAGUUUCCUUAAAGUCUAUGGAUAGUUUUUUCAUUCCAAGCCCUCCUAAACAAGUUCAUUUACUUCCAGAUUUUCUCUUUUCCCCCCAAACAGAAAAUAUUGAAAAUUGCAGAUUUCCUUCUGAUUUUAAUAAUCCUCAAUUUCCAAGAAAUAGACCCCUAAAUCCAAAAUAUGUGUUGAACAAGACUCUCAUACUAUAUUUCCCUUCUCUCUUCUCAGAUUACACUAAUUCAGAACAUAGAAUUCAGUUUAAUGACUUAUUUUUGACAGAGCAAAAUCAAUCGAUACUAAUUGACUCUUUUUGGUGGUUUUUCUUGACUGUAUUUUCAAAGGAUUAUCUUUUAAGAAAAGCAGUUCAAUAUUACGAGUACAUGAUAGAGAAGGAGUUGGAGAAGAGAAAAGAAAAGAAUAACUUUUUCCUAAGAAAGGAACAACACAAAGUUUACAAAGAGAAAGGAGAGAAUUGGGCAAACCAAGUUUAUAAGAAACUUUUAGGAGAAUUACCUGCCAUUGAAAAUAGAAUUUCUAAUAAUUAUGCAGAGCUUGUUGUUAAAUUUAUUACUCACAGAUCUUACACCAUCAAGACAAAUAUACAACUUGAUUUGGAUGAUAUAUUUAUUGAGGUUAUUUCGAAAUCUGUUUUUCUUGCUUAUGGGUUAAAUUUUCCAGAUUGUCAUGAAAUAUUCGAAACAGAAGCGUUUCAAGCAAGAGUAGCGAGACAAUUUCAAUUGUGGUGUUUUGGUGUCUGUACCAUUAAUUUACCAUUUCUUGACACCUUAUGGAUGUUUAAAAUGGAGUUGAAAUCACCUCCCUAUGUAAGGGAUGAGCAUUCUCUAUCUCCAAAGCAAAGAUUCAAGAGAGCUAUCCAAGCUGUCAGAGUUGGUUACAAUGAAAGUAUUGUUAAAACAAAGGAAGUGAGAGAAGAAUUAGAAAAGGCAUUGGAUAACCUUGAAUAUAAUGAUUAUUCACCAGCCUACAAUUUAUUUGAGAUGUUUUUUGAAGAUGAAUCUGAAUUUGCAGCAAUUAGAAAACAAAACAAAAGGUUGCAAAUUAUGGAGGCGUUCACUUCUGGAGCUACUCUUAAAGAAGAAGAAUUGAAUGAAAUUAUUGAAUGUGACGAUAGGGAUGAAGAGCUAUUUAUUGAACUUCAAAUAUUAAAAGAAAAGAAGGAAAAGAACAUAUUUGCCAAACCUCUUCCUUCUAAAGAUAUCAAGGAAAUAGCUGCUGUCAGAGAGAAAGCUUGGUAUGAAAUGGGUGAAGGAACAACUAAAACGCUUGUUACAAAUAUUAAACAAGUGAAAACACUAGGAACCUUUAAAACCUAUUCACACAGCAAAAAAUCAAGCCCUCUAGUUUCUCAAUAUUUGACCUUACUUCGUCACAAUAAGGCAACUCAAAGAAAGCAAGAACGAUUUGAAAAGAGAAUGGAAUUAAGAAAAAAUUACAUGAAGGAAUAG